AGUCUCGGUUAAUUUCUUACGCGGGGGAGGGAGAAGCGUGGAGGUGUGGCUGCGCGUGCGCAGAGCGAGCGAGAACCCGAACGCUCCGCGCGGCGCGAGAGUCGGUAGCGGCCAGAGUUCCCAGAUAUACUUUUGGCAUCAUGGAUCGGUUUGGAGAUAUCUCAGAAGGUGAAGUGGACCAUUCUUUCUUUGACAGUGAUUUUGAAGAUUCAAAGAAAUGUGAAAGUAAUUCCAUUUUUGACAAGCAAAAUGAUGAUGACCUUAAGGAAGGAAUAAAUAAGGACACCAAAAAUGUAAACUUGAAAUUUGGAAUACAAAAUGAUGACCUUAAAGAGAAAAUAGAUAAUGACACAGAAAAUGUGAACUUGAAACUUGGGAUACAAACAAAGGAAAAUUACCUUACUCAGAAAGGAAAUGAAAGGAAAGCAAAAUUUUCUUCAAAAGAACAACAUGUAGAAAAUGAUCCUACACAAACAAGAAGUUCCUCAUUGUUGACUUCUUCAAGAUCAAAAAAAUCGUGUGAUGCCACAAAAGGACAUAAAUUACACUUGCCUGUUCCAAAUAGAAUUCCUAAGAUUGAGAAAGGUGAGGAUGAUUACUACACAGAUGGAGAGGAAAGCAGUGACGAUGGGAAGAAGUACGUGAGGUCGAAGUCAGCUAAGCCCUCUAGUAACUUAAAAAAAAAUGUGAAUAAGAAGUAUUCCAAAACCAAUUCCUCCUCCUCUUUGUCUUCCUCAUCUUCAAGAUCAAGCUCAGACUGCUCAGAUAUAGGAUCUGACAUGCAAAAUAAAUCUGAUUCACACUCCUCAGGGAAACAUGUUUCUAGUGUAACCCCCUUGUCACCAAAACAGAAGUGUAAGUCAGGAAGAAAAUCAAGUGCACAGCCUUCCAGCACAAAACAAAAAACUGGUGACUAUAAUGAGUCCGAAGACACUGUAACAGACGUAACUCCUUUGUCAACUCCAGAUAUCAGCCCUGCCCAGUCAUUUGAGUUGGGCCAAUCACAUGAUCAAAAAGUAAAAGUUAAAAGACAAGAAAAUGUGGGCCGGGAUGUGUAUGAUGAUGUGGAGGCUUUAAAGAAUGAGUCAAGAUGUCUGAAAUCAGCCAAGAGGAAAGAAAAGCACGGGCAGAAUUUUGCUCCAAAAUCAUCAGUGUUAGACGCGAAUCUAGACCGCAGAUCCAAACAAAAAGUCUUCCAUGACACAAUGGACCUUAACCAUCUGUUGAAAGCUUUCCUGCAAUUAGAUAAAAAGGGACCACAGAAACAUCACUUUGAGCAGCCUUCAGUAAUACCUAGGAAAAACUACUCUUUCACAAGAGAAGAGGUGAGACAGAUUGAUCGGGAAAACCAGAGGCUUUUGAAAGAACUGUCAAGACAGGCUGAAAAACCGGGAAGCAAAAGCACAAUCCCCGGAAGAUCAAUGGGCCAUCCCCCUAAGUUGUAUCAUAGUGCUCUCAACAGACAGAGGGAACAACAAAGGAUCGAAAGAGAAAAUAUGGCUUUAUUGAAACGGCUUGAAGCUGUGAAGCCAACAGUUGGCAUGAAACGCUCUGAACAGCUGAUGGACUACCAUCGGAAUAUGAGUUACCUCAAUCCUUCACCGUCUGUCCGACGAGUGAGAUCUACUCUUGGCCAUUAUAGCCCACUGAGAGGCGCUUCCAGGACAUCCAGUGCAACCAGUGGGCUCAGCUGUAAGACUGACCGCUCCGUGCUGGACACAUCCAGUGGCUUUUUGCUAAGACCGAAACCCCCGAAUGUUCGUACUGCUUGGUUGUAAAAUCUUUUUUUAUGAUAUACAUUGUUCAUCUGUUGGUCCUAUUUUAACAAUGUAUUUUUCUGUACUACUAUAACUAUUUGCAAACAUCUGUAAUACUUUUUUUUUCAACAAUUUAUACGAGUAUAAUUUAUUGUUAUUCAGUGCAAAUUGUUAUCAAAAGACACUUUGAUGUAAAAUCAGUGUUUCAUGCGGUGGCAUAUUUAUAGGAGCUAUAUGUCUAUUUAAUAGAGAAAGGUGUUACACAUGAAUAUUUCUGCAAUAUAGAAAUUCAGUUGUGCUGACAAAGCAGCAGUGGUGAUAAUCCAUGUUGAAACCAAGACUCUCACUACUAUAUAGUUCUUAAUCUAUAUGGUUUUCAAUUAUUGUAAAUGUUAAACGCAGAGCUUAGCUUGUAAACUUAAGCACCUCAUGCUUCUGUCUGCUUUAGAUUGUAACUCGAGUCAUCACUUUCUUAUGUGUUACACUUCUUAUGAAAAAACCUUGAAAUUUGUUUUCAUGGAGAAGCUCAUUUAGAUCUGAUGAGGAGGGUGAGCAGCUGGUACUGAUGCAACUCUUGAUUCACCAAAGACGCUUCUCCUUAAAAGCCUGAUUAUCCAUUCCAAACCAUUUUACACUGUGCAUAAUAGGGAUUCACUUUAGAAGCUUCUGUUUCGUUUUUUUUAUGCAGUUGAUAAAAUACUCUUAUGGAUUCUGAGGCAAGAGGUAGGCUUUAACAGCCUCGUGUCUUGUGACUUGGGACUGGUUUGUAUCCAGAGCAUUUGCAUCAUAAACAAAAGCAAGUGUUUGUUGGAUCAGUGAGCAACACUCCUAGCUUAAGAACCAGCAGCAGGCCUGGGGUCUGUUAGAGCAGUGUUUGAGAUGAUACUGUUAGUGUGCGCUGUCCUUGUGUAUUUAUUGUAUUAAUAGAAGGCUUAAAGUAAGGAAGAAAUGCUUUAGAGAAACCAAAUAUAAACAAGAAAGAAAGUAAUCACAGGUUGGUUAAAGCUAUUGCCUUAAUGUUAGUGAAUUUCCUUGGUUUGGUUUGGCUGGAUCCUAGAAGCACGGUUCUUCAGUCUCACGUUUGAAGGUCUGUUAAUCUUCAUGGAAUUGCUAGUGACACAGGUGUGAAACAGUUGACUAUGAAAAGUAAGAUAGUUUCCUGUCACCUAGAGGCUGUUCUUUUACAGAACAUGAGUGAUGUUUCAUAGUUAUAACCUUUUCGUUGCUGGUCUUGUCAGUAUGCCUGUAUAAGUUUCAUAUUCAAUGACAUGUUUUUCUUAAAAUAUGAGUGUUCCCUAGCCACAGAGAGGUCUGUCUGGUGUCCGUGCUCCAGCACUGGAGCGUGUGUGCCACGCCUGCUUCACCUUCAUUAGCAGGGAGGCCACUGCACUUAACAAGCAAGCACCAGGGCAUACAUUGUUGGUCUUACUUUAAUAGACGGUGUUUUAGAUAGAGCAGCAGGGUAGGAAAUGGUGAGGCCAGAAAAAAGCUGAGCACACACACACACACACACACACAGACCACCCACACAGCACACACACACACACACACUCAAUUGGAACACAACAUGACUGAGGGGUUUCCUGCUGCUUUUGGAGGGCUGUAACAUUCUUUAACAAUUAUUUCUUUGUUCUAGUGAACAAGACUUUAUAACUGCUUUAUAUACCCCUUAGCUGUACAAACAAAGGAUUUAUUUUGUCUUAGUUUUGUACUCUGCACUUUUAAUGUUUUUGUAACAACUUAAAUUUAAAAUGCAGCAUUUUGGCAUUUGCCCAAUAGUGAAUUAAUCACUUUAAAGCAGAUUCUUGUGGGGAAAGAAAUGUGUAUAUGUAAAACCUUUCAUGUUCUCAGUGGCAUUAGCCUAUGAGUACAUUUUAUUUGGUCUCUCCAAGUUUCGUAGAUAAAGCUAGAACUUGAUUAUAAUUUAUGCCUUGCUAAUUUAUGCCUUAGUUUUUACUACUUGAAAGAAGUCUAUCUAAGUAUUACUGAUAACAAGGAUUCAACUUCAAGUAAAGAGCAACCAUCUUUUAAAAACGAUUUAGCAUGUUAUGUUAUAGAUGCAUAUAUAUGGUGGCUGUGUAGAGAUGUGUAGGAAUUACAAACUUAGAACUCACUGAUGUAAGUCAGGGUCUGUGAGGUAGGAUUUAGGAGGCAUUUGCAGUGGAGCAGUCAUGAGUACAUAAAUCUCUUGAGCCUCACCAACACAAGUCUGUAGGGUUAGCACUGUUGUAUGGUUGGCUGGCUGGGCCUUGGACGCCACUCUUGGAACCUCUGCAUCUGUAGCUAGAAAGCGUGCAGGUCUGCUGGCCAGUAGACAGAUCUGAGAACUGUUUUCAUCUCUAUUAAAUGGUAUCUCCUUUUCUAGUAUGUGUUUGUAAAAUGUUUCAAACUAUUAAAAUUACUUCUUAAGGAGAAGCUACUACCUCAUCCUCCCCUCCUCUUUCAGUCUCCAUCCAAACCCUCUCGCAGCUAUCCCCGUUAACACUCUGCUUUGCUCGUAAUGUAAUAUACGCAGUUGUGCUCAACCCAAGUAUCAAAACCGGGAUAUGCAGCUUUGAAAGGUGAUUGUGAUAGGUCUGCUUCUCAUCUGCAGAUACAUUGCAGCAACUUCAAAGUAUUAAGAUUACAGUAAAGCUGAAGAUGCACCUUUGCCCUGGUUAGCAACGCAAAACCUGUAUCGUCAUAAAUGCCAAAGUCUUAGUGUGUAAAUGUCUGUACACCGUCACAGCGAAUGAGCUCACUGGUAAUGGCUGAGUUGCUUAUUUUCAUGAAUAAAGAUUAGCAAGAAACUUUUAAACCAUCUUUUUAAAAAAUGUUCUAGUUUGUCAUAUUUUAGGCAUGAAGAACUAUCUUGGUCUAAUGGAGAAAUAAAAGAUUUAAAGAGAACCAAA